ACGCACAUGAUCCUGCCCCAGUUACUCGAGCUGUGUCCCCCUCUCAAACUGUCCCACUCACUCAAAGACCUCAUACACUCACGCAGCGAUUUCAGACACUUAGACCAGUGUUUCGUCACCCAGGCUUUAUCAGCGCUUUUAUUGCCACAGGUUAUCCCAUUGUGUCUCUCUUUGUCUGGGCUGAAUCUCCACCGUCCGCUCUGGGACUUGGCUUGGCUCUACCGUCUCUGUCUCUCAACCCCUCCCCCCUACAGCACCCGGAGGGUGGGACAGACUUCUUGCUGACCCACAAUGUUUCUGGUUCUUGUUGUGACGCCGGAACUAAGGGAGUUCUUGGCCAGAGCAAGGGGUGGAGCUGUCCGCCUCAUCCAGGUGCGGAUCCAGGACGAACAGCUGGUGCUUGGGGCAUUCAGAGAGCCGACACAGAGCUGGGACCAGGACUAUGACCACUUCCUACUUCCUCUGCUGGACGACCAGGAGCCUUGCUACAUCCUGUACCGCCUCGACUCCCAGAAUGCCCAGGGAUACGAGUGGAUCUUCAUCUCCUGGUCUCCUGACCAAUCUCCAGUGAGACAGAAGAUGCUGUACGCUGCCACCCGUGCCACAGUGAAGAAAGAGUUUGGUGGUGGUCAUGUGAAGGAUGAGAUGUUUGGCACAGUGGAGGAGGACAUCUGUCUCGAGGGCUACCAGCGUCACGUGUCCUCCAGCUCCGGCCCUGCCCCACUCACAGCUGCUGAACAGGAGCUGCGGAGAAUCAAAAUCAACGAGGGAAGGGUUAAGCAGGUGAAAACGGAGACCAGUGUGGAGAGUAAGCACCAAACACUGCAGGGCCUUGCUUUCCCACUGCAGGAGGAAGCCAAACAGGCUCUACAACAACUUGCACAGAAAGGCAUCAACUACAUACAGCUGAAGUUGGACACAGAGAAAGAGACUAUAGAGCUGGUCCAUUCCGACCCGACAGAGACCCGUGAGCUGCCUUGCAGGGUUCCCACGGAUACGCCCAGAUAUCACUUCUUCCUUUAUAAACACUCUCAUGAAGGGGACUACCUGGAAUCUGUUGUGUUCAUCUACUCCAUGCCAGGGUACAGCUGUAGCAUUAAGGAGCGGAUGCUGUACUCCAGUUGUAAGAGUCGACUGCUGGAUGAGGUGGAGAAGGAUUACCAUCUGGAGGUGGCCAAGAAGAUGGAGAUUGACAGUGGGGGUGAGUUGACAGAGGAGUUCCUGUAUGAUGAGGUCCAUCCUAAGCAGCAGGCCUUCAAGCAGGCCUUCGCCAAGCCUCGUGGCCCAGCAGGGAAGAGAGGCAACAAACGUCUCAUCAAGGGCCCAGCGACUAGGGAGAGCAGGCCGGAAAGCUAGAGAGAGGGACAGAGCUUGGUCGUCUCGGCAGCCCUUCCCUGAAUCCUCCUCCUGUUGCCGCGUCCUCUGGCAGCUUGUUUGGCCACGAAGAAGGAAAAGGAGAAGAACAUGGAGGGAUUUCUGUCAUUUUUAUUUCCCCCUGCCUUUGCUUGUGUUUUAACAAUGUGUCAAUAAUGUACGUGCUCUUCAUGAACAUCAGCUAUAGCAGUGGCUCCCAAACUGUGGGGGAGCGAAAGGUCAGCAUGGGGAAGAAGAGGGGUCGUCAGGGGGAACUCACUCCGGCUUUCAACUUACUCCAAACUUACUGUGCAAUUUCGAUAUUGGCAUCAGCAGUUUGCAGACCUUUCAUAUGAUAUACUGUAUACCUUGUUAGAAGUGCUUAGAUCAACUAGGCCAUGUCAGCAAACGUUUUUUUAUCUAGGUUUUUUCUAGCCCGUUGAUUUUGUUGUAAUGUUUUGAAUCACUCAACUGUCACAUGAACACACAUAAGAAAUGGCAGAAUGUGUAGAAUU